AUAUAAAUAAAUCUGCCUAAUAAUGUUGUUUAACAAAUAUUUAUUUUCAAAUAAUUAUAAAAUACUAAUAUCAAAUUAAGGAACCUAUAGAGGUAGGUGUCAGAUAUGUAAAAUGAUGAAAGACUCUAAUUAGAACUCACAGUUUUGCUAGAUACAUUCACUGGUGUUAUACGAUGCUACUGUACCACCAAAGUAUGUUUGAUGCUACUAAAUCUGUUAAGUAAUUGUGAAAUUCAUUUUAUAGAUGUCCAUGAGGUAUUGUAUAAAUUUUUUUAACCAAUAAAACAAAUAAGAACUGGAGUCGGAAUUGACAUUAGUUGUCAUGAUUUAUAAUACACGCCUUUUCUGUUAUUCUGCAGAAGGAAAUGCAUAGAGUAUAUUACUUAAAGAUAUCACCAGAGUUCAAAAUAUAUAUAUGCUCAAAGCAAAUGCCGUCAAAAAGAUUUCUAACCUGAAAAUGUUUUUGAUAUACCUCUAAGUUGCUGCUCUUGGCAAAGAAGAUAAUCAUUUCCCUACAGAAAGUAUUUCUUCUGAGAACUUGGCAGACUUAUCCCAAAUGAGGUAAUUGUAGCAUUUGAUAUGUGCACCUAGAUCACACUGCUGCCUAUCAUAAGAAAGUUGGCCCAUAUUAAGCACACUCAAAGCGGUCAGCAAAAGUUUUAAAACAAUGAGGAAUCUCUCUGUAGUGACUCAGUUUAUCCUGCUGGGCAUCCCGAACACAGAGGGUCUGGAGACCAUGCUCUUUGUCCUCUUUUUGUCUUUCUACAUCUUCACGCUGAUGGGAAACUUGUUAAUCAUGCUGGCCAUUAUCUCCUCCACUCGGCUUCACACCCCUAUGUACUUCUUCCUAUGUAAGUUGUCUAUUUUUGACAUAUUUUUCCCUUCUGUGAGUUCUCCUAAAAUGCUCUUCUACCUCUCAGGAAACAGCAGAGCCAUCUCCUAUGCAGGCUGUGUGUGCCAGCUCUUCUUCUACCACUUCCUGGGUUGUACAGAAUGUUUUCUGUACACAGUGAUGGCCUAUGACCGCUUUGUGGCCAUAUGCUACCCUCUACGCUACUCAAUCAUCAUGAGCCACAGAGUGUGUGCCAUCCUGGCCACAGGGACAUCGUUUUUUGGCUGCAUUCAGGCUACCUUUCUGACCACUCUCACUUUCCAGUUGCCCUACUGUGGUCCCAAUGAAGUGGACUAUUACUUCUGUGACAUCCCUGUGAUGCUGAAGCUGGCCUGUGCAGACACAUCCGCCCUGGAGAUGGUGGGGUUCAUCAGUGUGGGCCUGAUGCCCCUCAGUUGCUUCCUCCUCAUCCUCACCUCCUACAGCUGCAUAGUCUUCGCUAUUCUGCAGAUCCGCUCUGCUGAGGGCCGUCGUAGGGCCUUCUCCACCUGCAGUGCCCACCUCACUGCCAUCUUGCUUUUCUAUAUGCCAGUGGUCCUCAUAUACUUAAGGCCAACCCCAAGCCCUUGGCUGGAUGCAACUGUGCAGGUCUUAAAUAAUCUGGUCACCCCUAUGCUGAACCCAUUGAUCUACAGCCUCAGGAAUAAGGAGGUGAAAUCAUCACUGUGGAAGUUCCUACGUAACCCUAGCUUCCUUCCUGAGCAGCUCUAAAGAAAGACCAGUCAUGAACAUUUUGUCUGUACGUCAUGGGUGGUGUAAUGGUUUUAUUUGGUUUUCCCAAGUGUUUUUGAAAUCAUCCUAGUUUUACUAUGUGAAAGACUAAGAGGCAAAGGGCUCCAAUGAGUUUUCAAAGGAUGACUAGGGAAUAAACGGUAGAAGGGGGACUCCAGGCUCUGUGGCCCUAGAAACUGCACUCUCUAAUGGAUAUUAUACUAUUGACAAAAGAGGAAGGUACCCCACCUAGCAAGCAGCAUGGCCUAUGUCUUCUGUUUGUCUAUACUUUCGUUGUUGUUUUUGUUUAUUUUUGAGAUUGUGUUUUAAUCACAAAACUUCCCUUUCCUUUUCUUCCUUUCAAUCCCCCCCCCCCGACAGUCCCUCCUGACUCUGUUCCGUGUUUGCCCAUCUUAAUUUUCCAUAUCUUUUUCACCCUUCCUCCUCUUUGUGUGAUGAUUUUUCAUGUGGGAUGAGUUAUAAUUUCCUCAAAUGUCUGUAUUAGAUAAACAAUCUUACGAUUUCUAGUUAAUGAAAAGAGAUCCUUGUGGCUUCAGGUAGCAUCUUGUUAUUUAUGAGCCAUAAAAAGUUCCAUAUAGAGAAAAGCUUUGGGCCAGGUCCUGACGAUUGGAUCUGGCCAAAGCAGAGGUACAAGUAUGCUAGGGUGACACUAACAAACCAUGGUAGGUGGGUUGAGGCCUGGAAACUGGUACUGGCUAGAACGUUUGGCAUAAGAAUGAGAAGUUUAAAUUAAAGGAAGAGAGCCUAAGGAGGAAUCUGGAGGAGCCCAUGAGAUGGCUCAAUGGUUAAUAUAGAUUGCCCUUACAGAGGGUUCAUUUAGGACCUGUUCAGUUUCCAGUUACAUCAGGUGGAUCAUAACCUCCUGUAAUUCCAGCUCCUAGGAGAGUCAAUGACUCUGGCCUCUAAGGGAGCCUACAAGCAGGUGCACAUACACCCACACAGACACACACUCACACACAUAAUUAAAAAAAAUUUUAAAGGGAAAUCUGGAAAUAUGUGUCAGAUUAUUUCAUGUUCACUACAUGUCAAACCUUUCCCAGCUUUAUUAGGAUCUAUCCAUCAUCCCCUUUCCUCAUUUCCUGGCUGUAGUUUCUUAGAGAAGAAGGGCAAUUUGCAAGAAUAAAAAAGGUGAGUCCUGUUCACUUUUCCUUUUCAUUCAUUUGGAUUUCAUUUCCCAAGUGACUCUGCUAAGACAAGAGGAUGCAGAGGUAAGGAUUCUAAACCUGCCUGCCGGUGGUGAAAAUCUUCAGGUUAAGAUGUAAAGCAGACAUGCAACUAACAGAGAGUUCAAGAAUAAUAUUGUGACCUGGGCAGAAAAUAAAGCCAAAGAAAUAGUUUCCUCCAAUUCUCCCUGGGGGAGGGUGGGGAAAAGGAAAUAGUUUCACAGAAAGGGAACUGAUGAUUGAACACCUGGUUUAUUUGAAUGCUGCAUGUCAAUAAUGGCUAAGAGAAUCAACAUGCUUUUGUUUCCUUUGGAGUCUGAGUUAGAAUUAAUUCCUUGAGUUGGCAUACCUUAUCUGUUUGCCACUUAAAAGGGAAUAUCUUCUGCAGGAAGAUAAAAUUCAUUAUACCUUCUCUUUGGUAGGUUCAGAUACAACUCAGCCUCUUGUUCUAGGAUUGGAGGAAUAGUUUUUCCAAAAUGACUGCCUCCUUGCACAACCCAACCUCUCUUUAGCUCAGCUGCUCUUAAACUUGCCUGAAGCUCUUUUGUCUCCAUGGAGAAUCUGAGUGGCCCCUAUAUGUAAACAAGCCACUAUCCUGACGGACAUCUUUCUAAACUAUAUUUUUAUUCAGAUACUAAAAAAAUGGAAAUAAUGUCAAACUAUGUUAAGUAUAAAGAACUAUUAUAAUAUGUGUGGUCCUCUACAUACACAGGGAAAAUGUAAUUCAGUGAAUUUCCCGCCAGAACUAUUCUGCUCUCAUAACCUUAAUUCCCUCUGGAAGUCAUCAUUCUCUCAUUCUCACUCUGUUUUUUUGUUUUAAUCAUAUAUGCUUUUUCCCCUAAAUAUUGUAUUAUAAGACUUUGAUGUAAUUCUAUUAAAAAUUUAUUUCUUUGCUUUAGUGUUCCUUUUUGGAUUUCUAUAUAUUUGUAUAUGUCUAAAAUUAUUUUCUAUUAGCAAAGUGUGGUAACCCAAAAGCAUG